UCUCACUCAUUUAUUUUAAUUAAAGUGUUUUUUAUUUUAUUUUAAAAAUAUGUUAUUGAAAUAAUUAGAAAGGAUGCACGAGGACAAACUUUAACAGGAGAUUUUUUUUUCAUCUUCAGAGAAUAAAAACAGCUCAGGAUUAUUCUGCUCAGCGCCAUUUUUAUUUUUAUUCAUAAAAAAAGAAGAUUUUUUUGUAUAAAUUAUCACGGUGGGAUUAUCAACCUUUACAGAGGACACAGAGAGGGGGUCACAGCUGAUCCGGAUCAGCAGGAUGGAGGUGAACGCUCGGGUUGACCCAGGUCAGGAGGAGUCGAACCGGGCCGGGCCGUCCCCACCUCAGCCUCCCGGACCUCCGCAGACCCACCGGGUCACCAACUUCUACAUAGACAACAUCCUGAGGCCCGACUUCGGCCGGCAGAAGAAGGAUGGGACCGUGGUCCGGGAGGGGGGCAGUCUUGGACGGUUGAUACGGAGACAAGAGACAAAGUCCUCCAAAAACGCGCAGCGAGUGGAAGAUCGGGACCAGGACCGGGACCAGGACCGGGACACAGGGUCAUCAGAGGAGCAGCAGGCGGACUGUGAGGCCCGCAGGCCGGAGCUGAGGGCCGGGGAGGAUGCUGAGAGGACCCAGGGGGACAAACAGAUGCUGUGGCCGGCCUGGGUCUAUUGUACCCGGUACUCCGACCGGCCGUCCUCAGGACCCAGAUCCCGGAAACCAAAGCGGGCCCCGGCUCCAAGCAAGGAUGACAAGCGGCCCCGCACGGCCUUCACGGCGGAGCAACUGCUCCGGUUAAAGGCGGAGUUCCAGAAGAACCGGUACCUGACGGAGCAGCGGAGGCAGAGUCUGUCCCGGGAUCUCGGCCUGAACGAGUCCCAGAUUAAGAUCUGGUUCCAGAACAAGCGCGCCAAGAUCAAGAAGACUUGUGGGAACAAGAACGCUCUGGCGCAGCACCUGAUGGAGCAGGGACUCUACAACCACUCCACCAGCGCAAGAGACGACGAGGCCGACAGCGACUAGACAAAUAACCAGACUAAGACCCCUAUCAACCUCCUCAGAACCAGCAUCAUAUUUAAGACUGUGUGUGUGUGUGUGUGUGUGUGUGUGUGUGUGUGUGUGUGUGUGUGUGUGUGUGUAUGACAAGCAGAUUUAACAUUUAAUAGGUAGACAGAAUAUUCAUUGGAGAUAUCUGUGUGUCAGUUCUUCCUCAUCACAAUGAACAUUUCAGAUAUCCACAAUGACAGUCUCCCAAUAGGGUGAAUGACGUCACUUUUACCAUUCACAUGUUUUGCUUUCAAUUUCAGAAAUCUACAACAUCAUUCUUCCUAUCCACAAUGAAAAAUCAAGAUAGUAGAGUUCUUCCUUGGAAAAACUCUCAUUUCACAUAAACCAAUCACUUCUAAUUGUUUUUUUUUAAUGUCAGAUGUCCAAAAUGAAAAAUUAUUCCAGAUGCCUGUCCAUAAUUAGUUGUAAUUAUCCUGAAUUAUAAUCACAAUAUUCACAACAAUAUUGUAACUAAAUCUCUUUGGCCAUUCAUGCAUCAGUUUCACGUCAUUCUUCGUAUUCUACGGAAGCCCUCAGCAGACAUCCAUUAAUAUAUUUGAUUACUUUGCUUUACAUUAAUAAAGAGUAUGCUACAUUUUCUAGAUAUGUCGACUUUUUAAAAGUGUCUUUAUCUUGAGAUAAUGAGAUGAAAAAGUUGAGGUCUCGAGAAAACAACCUAAAAUGACUCGUCAUCACGUGGUAACGUGUACAAUCAAAUGUAUAGAUUGUGUCCGCAGAGGGCUUCCAUACUAUCCACAACAAUCAAGAUAUCUGACUUCUUCAAAGGAAAAACUCCCAUUUCAGAUAUCAGCAACUGUUUUAAUAUUUGUAAUUAAUGAUAUUCAAAAUUACAUUAUGGAUAUCUGGAAUGAUUUUUAACUUUGCACAUCUGACAUAGAAAUCAAUACAAGAAAUAUGGAUGGUAAAAGUGACAUAAUUAGUCUGAGGAGAAAUGACGUUGUGGAUAUUUGAUAUUACAAUUGUGGAUAGCGGGAAUGUGAUUGUGAAUAUCUUUAAAUACAAUUCAUACCAGUGAGAUUACAGUUUUGACUAGGAGAAAUGCUAUUACGGAUAUAUAUAAUAUUAUUAGUGAUAGGAUGGUGUUUACUUUAAUGUUUAAAAUGGCUUGCCAUAAGAAAAACCCCCACUGAGAAACCGAACCCCGGGGGCAGCAACAAAAACCUCCUCAGAAACCAGCGUCCAUAUUUAAGACUGCGUGUUUGUGUGUAUGUGUGUGUGUGUCCUCAGGGCUGUAGAUGACGACGUCACUCACAGAUGGUCAGAGUUCACCUGUUGUAAACUGAGCUCUCUCAGGUUUAAGUCAUCACACCUCUUCACGUCACUUGUUAGCGUGUAGCCUGAUGUUAGCAUGUGUUAGCUUCUAGUUAAAGGCCUCAUUCACUCACUGAGGGUCCGCUGCUAAAAACUUUAAUUAUCUGUCGUAAAAAUGUUAAAUGUUAAACUCAGCCUUAAAUUAAAGAGCAAUACGUGCCUCUCAGGUACAGAAGCCCGAACAGAACACACAUCCAUACAUCUUAUUUUACUCAUUUUUUCCGUGAUAAUACAUACGUUUCAAUUGUUUUCUCAGUAUCUCAAAUUAUGUAUCUUGUUAUCUUGGAAUAACAAUGCUGUUUUUUCACCUGGCUACAACUUAAAUUAUGAGAAAUGAAUUUGUUAUCACGGGUAAACUGAGUUUAAAAGAGAAGUGUAUUGAUGCAUAUCAUCUUAAGGAUUCCGUACAUGUCAGAUGUUAAAGUGGUUGAAAAACAAAUCAGGGGCAUUUUCUGUUUAAAAAAGAAAUGUAGAUUAGACAGAAAUUUUAUUUUGAAAAUGAGACACGUCAAAUGAUCACAUGUCGAAAAAAACAAACGAUGGCAUUUAAACUCAAAGUGUAGAAACAGCAGGUUCACGACCCCAUGAACAGUCUGAAGUGCAGAGUGAUCAGGUCCAGUGUGGGGUCAGAAUCACAUCAAGAGCAGCCCUGGACUUUAUGUAAGCGGAUGUUUACAGAGAGCUGCUGCUUGAAGCGAAACACCAAUAAGAGUGUUCCCAUUUGAAGUUGUGAGCGGACACGCAGAGACCGAGAGGAGCAGCUGACUGAGGACAAACACAGACUGAUAAAAGCUCAGAUGGACGAAUAACUCUUCACAUUUAUCAGUGAUGUUUUUUUUUUUAAGUGGAGACACAGUGGUCACCCACUCUGCAGCCCUGAAGUGUCUGAUCAACUUUAUCGAUGAUGAAAAGCUGAAAUCCAAAGAUUUACCUGCUGCAUUCUGAGUACACAGCCUCCAGUGUGUGUGUGUGUGUGUGUGUGUGUGUGUGUGUGUGUGUGUGGGCACCUGCAGGCGUGGGCGUGGGAGGGAAAUGUUGGACUGACUCCUUGCUAAGUCAUAACAGUCUUUUAAAAUUGGCUUAAUAAGUAAGCAAUGAUAACUGUAAAUACCUUUUACAGGCUUAAUAAGGAUUUCAAUGCUAAAUGAUGCACAUAGUUCAAGUCAUUGUUUUUGUUUAAUUCAAUCUGCAAAACAUUUUUUAGGGUGUAACACAAAGUUAACGUAGUCAUGAUAGAAGAAUCUAUUGACUAAGAUUGUAAAAAUCAAAAGACAUCAAUACCUAUAAAUAAAAGAAGACACCACUAUCAGGUCAUUUUUUUUGUCUUUAAUUACUAAAAAUUGCAACAAAUUCCUGCACAUUGUCUGAAUUGCACAAUUACGUUGACAGUGUAUUUGUGCAACUUCUUGUCUUACACACUUUAAAGGGUCCCUACUUUUGUUGUAUUAUAAAAAAUGUGUGUUUCCAAAAAGAACUGAAGGAGAACCAUUUUGACAUCCUUCAUUUGAGUCGUUUAAUGGGUCAUUUGUGUCAGGGAAACAUGGGUAUAGUAAUAUCUCAAGGCUGGCUGAGGCUGUGGUGGAGGAGGGCCAAUGUGAGGUCUUUUAAUGGGGGAACAUAAAUCCUGAAGACGCCCCUGCCUGCAGGUCCGCAGGUGUGUAGAUGUGGGAGGUACAGACACGUUCAUGUCGAACAGUCUGUGAUUGGCUGCUGUUCGUGUUUGUGUGUGUGUCAAGGUGUGUAUGUGUGUGAACAGAAUUUAGUUAUGAAUUGUUUCUUUAGAUUUUCUAAAAACAAAGAAAAAAAUUCUCCCCGCAUUCAGGAUUUGAAUUGAAUUAUUCUGAUUUUUGUGCUGAAAGAAAACAAAUGUUCGUUUUGUGUUAUUGUUUUUUUUUCUCCGAGUCUGCCGACAGCUCCGAUUCUAAAGAUGUCUGUCAAAAUAAAGAAAAAAAUCGGACUAUCAACUUCAAAACUUUGUGCCUAAAACACGUUCAGAAACACACACACAUGCACGUCCUUUCAUUAUGAUCCGAGAGUCUGCGGACUGAGCCCCGCACGGCUCGGCCCCGCACGGCUCGGCCCCGCACAGCUCUGUAAAGACUGUCAUGUUGUCGUGAAUGUUCCAGAAAACAGUCCCGCUGUUGUUGUUUUUUUUUUAUUUAUGAAACAUGUGGACUGUUAACAGUUUAAAUUAUUUUUUUCCCCUGCAGUUUCUGAUGUGUUUGAACGCAGCAUGUGGCGGCCUGUGCGGGUCUGAAAGAUCUUUAUGUUUCUGUGUUUUGUUUUUUUAUCAGAUAUGCCUUAACACACACAAACAGACACACACACAAAGGGUCCCUGAGCAGCUGAUUUUAUAUCCUUUAUAAUGUUUAAUAUACUGAGCAGCUAACGGUCUGUGUACAUAAUUUAUAUCA